CACGAGUAGUUCACUUCUGUUCGGUGCGGUGUCGCGGUGAUUUUGAGGGGACUGAAGAGACGAGAGGGACUGGGGAACGAGAGAAAGAAAGAACACGCUCCGAGCUCGCAUCGCCACUCGAGGGUGCGAGGUGACGAGCGGCGAGAUAUCAUUCGGUGUGCCCCUAGUCCUCGCGACGUACCCGAUCCUCCCCCGCGUUUUUAUCGCGCGCAGACGGGUCAUAGAUCAGUCGCGAAACCCGUCGAGGGACGUUUAUCCGUCGGGACACACAUCAGUGCAAAGGUUUUUCCGUCGACCUGGUUGAGCUGCGCCGCCCACGCGUUCCUCUCGUUCACGAGUCGGGACAGCGACACACCUGGGAGAACGCGUCGCUGGACAGGAUCGUCUUGGUCGUCCGUAGUCGACGACCGCUCUGGAUAGGAAACGGAAGAAGAGUGCCGACAUGUCGGCCUUGAGCGCCGGGACUUGUCGACCCGGGAUUAUACUCUGUCUGACCGUUCUACUGGCAUCGCAAUCUAAUUCUGCGCCAGUACUCGACCACGAUGCCACACAAGUUGCAGAAUACGACGGAGCUUCGGCAGGAUGCUACUACAACUACCAGCGUUACGACGAAGGCGAUCGAAUCGUGACGAACGAGCCAUGCCUGAACUGCACGUGCCACAAUCGGAUGCUGAUGUGUUACCUGAGGGUUUGCCCCUUCUCGAAAGCGAUAGGCCAGGAUUGCACAGUCGAGAAGAGACCAGACCAAUGCUGUCCCGUGAUCACCUGUCCAGAAGUCCCGGUGCAGUUGCUGACGUCCACGACCACAGCACCAGCGGCCACUUCCGGUUCCACGGCGUUAGGAUUCCACGACAAUUAUGGCUGCAACCUUCACGAUCGAUUCUACGCGGACGGUGCCCAGCUGCCCACCGAUCCACAGAAUCCUUGCGAGCUGUGUUACUGCAUCAGGAACAGGACCACUUGCGUCAUGCAGGAAUGCACUCUGCGGGUGGCCGGAUGCAGGCCAGUCUACCAACCAGGCGUGUGUUGUCCGGUCAAAUACAAUUGCGAAUAUGACGAGGAUCUUGCUACCACGAUUGAACCAACGCCUGGCCUGAUUAUGACCACCACGCUAGCGCCCGGAGCAUCGCCGCAAUGUUAUCACGAAGGAAACGUUUACGAGGAUGGCGAUCUGAUCUACUCGAAGCAGCCUUGUCAGCACUGCUACUGCUUCCGCGGUGACAUCGCCUGCGCUGUUCAGAACUGUGGUACGCCCAUGAAGACGCACGGAAAGAACUGCACCGCUUUGCCACCGCCGGAGGGCAAAUGUUGCCCGACCACGUAUCAAUGCGAUGAAGACGAGCUCAUAACGGUGCCAAGAGGCGAGGAGGAGCAAUCCACCGAGGAGGGCGUUGUCGAGACCACAGUGGAGGCAGUGACGGAAGCUGAAAAGGAACUUCCUGGUCUUGGAAGCACCGAGGAGUCCUUCCCAGGCUUCGACAACGCGAUUCCAGAAGAUCACAAAGAGGAGAGCAGCACUCAAGGUGUCACGGAACCUGUGCCAAUUGGGAAGAAACCUGAGGAAGAAGCGCCUGAAGAAGGACUCCCAGUGUCUGGAGCAACUGAGAAGGAAGCUGGCGUUUCGGAAGAAUACACGGAAAGCCCUGUUUCGGGAGCUGAAGCAACGGAACCCGUUGAGGCUGAGACAGAGGCAACACCGGCUGGCGAAGAUCGUGGUCAAGAAACGACUGCUAAGCCUGCAGAAGAGACUACUCAAGGACUCGCGAAAACGACAGCUCCUCAAGAAACGCCAGAAACGUCUUCGCCGAAACCAGAGGUACCCGAAGAACAGGUGACGAUGAAACAAGUAGAGGAACAACCCGUUACAGAGGAGACUGGGUUAGAGAAGGAACAAACCGAAGGUUCGCAGAAGGAACAACCAACCGAACAACCAAGCACCGAAAAAGCGAUGGAAGAAGGUGAGAUCGAGACGAAACCUGAAGAACCCGUGACCAGUGUGGAACAGGAGCCAAGCGCCACCGAAGCUGCCGCUCCCAAAGAACCACAGUCAACCGAAGCACCUGAGAAACCUACAGAAUUACCUGAGACGUCACCUGAGACACUCCCAGAGGGCACCACAGUUAAAAGCUUAGGGGAAGAACAAAUAACGGAAGUGGCUAAAGAAGAAGAAACCCCUGCAGAGGUCUCAGAACCUGAACAGAAGGUCACGACAGUGGAAUCGAUCGAAGGAAAGCCAGAGGAAGCUGCCACUCCCGAGAUAGAAAUGACUACUGAGAAACCUGCGCAAGAAGGACCAAGCACUGAACAAGUUCCUAGCGAAGAGGGAGAAAAGGAAACGCCAUCGGAAGCAUCAACUCCCGAAGAAGGUGAGGUACAAACGGUUACAGAAGCUGAAGUUGAACAGAAGCCAGAGUUAGAGGUAUACGAUCACAAAGCACCCGAACCUGGCAAGGUACAACCUGGAAUAGUUCCCAAGAAGGAAGAUGGCAUACCUACCGAAGAGCCUGUUAUGGUUGAGCAGCCUGCCGUAACGGAGAAACAAAUGGGAGAAGAGGAAGCUCCGGAGAUUCCAGAGCAGGGUCCACCUGGCAUUCCCGUCACCGAUCGCGUACCUGAAAGCAAAGCAGAAGACAAAGAAUCGGUCCCUGAAAUUCACGUAACCGAAGGCUCGGUUGACAUGAAGCCAUCAGAGUUCGUACCUGACAAUCUUGCCACAGAGGUUCCGGAGAAGGUUCCCACGACGUAUCUUCCACCUUCGUCGGAGGCAACGACGAGUCCUAAGGAACAGGAAGCGACACCAAGUGAGGAGGGAACUGUAGCACCAACGAAGCAACCCGAAGAACCCUCUGUUACCGAAGGUCCGACAAGCGAGGAGCCAAAGAAGGAAGAAGCUGUUCCAUCUGUCACUGAAACGAGCCAAGUUCCUGUUGGACAAGAAGAAGCGACGGAAGGUAUUCCACAAGGUACUGAAGUUAGUCCCGGUCUGGAGGCUUCAACGCCAACUGAAGAGGCUCCACAAGAGGAGACUCAACACCCUGAGAAACCGAGCGUACCUGAAGAUCACACCGCUGAGACGCCAUCUUCCGAAGGACCGCCAUCGAAGGAGACUUCCGCCGAGGAGGAAUUACCAACCAAGGGUCUAACCAUCGACGAAUCUGGCGAAACUUCCUCCGAGGAAGUCAGCGACUCCAGCGAAGAAGUGACACCUGCUAAAGGCGAAUCCACCGAGAAAGAAAUGGAAUCUGGAGAACAAGCGUCCGAAGCGCCAGUUCAAUCUGCUGAAGAACAUCCAACGGAACCAGGUGUCGAAGAGCAGAGUACAGAGGGCAAAGAAGCAACCACUGAGACUUUGGCGCACUCGACUGAAGCUCCUCAUGCCGAAGAACCAUCUACGGAAGUUAGUCCUGUUCCAGAAGAGAAGCCUUCGACCGAAGAAGAGAAACCUGAAGUACAAGCCACAGCUGCUCCAGAAGAAGCUUUGCCAAGCGAGAAGCCUAGUCUCGGCGAGGUGACACCUGAAGAACAGGUUACCGAAAAACCUGUUUCAGGAGAGGAGCUGGCUCUAUCUACCGCUAAGGCACCAGAGGCUGAAGAGGGAAGCACGCCGCAGAUACCUGUUGGCGAGGGUGAAGCAACCGAAGAACCAGCCGUAGAAGAAACUCCUAAAGAAACAACCGCACCAGAAAUCGAAGGUUCGUCAGUGGCACCAGAAGUAGCAGAGGCAGAGGCUGAGGUACCAACUGAAGGCACUUUAAUGGUGGAAGUUCAUCCAACAGUGGUCCCAGCUGAAGAGGAGAAGCCUGAGGAGCCGGUAUCCACCGAGCAGCCUGUUGUCGAACUGACCGAAGAACCGAUAACCAAAGAAACAUCUACGGUGGCUCCAGAGGAACAGAUGACUGAAGAACCAGAGGGUGUACCGAUGAAAGAGGAAGCUCAGACCGAAGGUCCUGAAUUGCCAUCGACCGAGCAACCGAUCACGGAAGCUGGGUUGGCGAAGGAAGGACCACUCGAGGAGCACAAGCCAACCAAGCCUGCCGAGCGCAAGGAGGAUGAAUUAAGUGUAGAAGGCACUCAGAAACCAUCUCUUGCAGAAGAGACGCCAACUGAAAAGCCGGUGGAAGAGGGAACAGCGACUGAAGAGGCCGAAAUACCUGCGGAAGAAAAGCCAACCGAAGGGCCUAGCGAAGAGGAGAAACCUGCAAAACCUGUCGAGGAAGAAAAGCCAACGGAAGGACCUGUUGAGGAAGAAAAACCAACUGAGGAGAAGCCUGUUGAAGAACAGAAACCUAUUGAAGAGGAAGAGAAACCAACUGAAGGACCUAGUGAAGAGGAGAAACCCGUUGAGGAAGAGAAACCAACUGAAGGACCUAGUGAAGAGGAGAAACCUGUUGAGGAAGUGAAGCCAACUGAAGAGCCCAGUGAAGAGGAAAAGCCUGCUGAGGAAGAAAAACCAACGGAAGGUCCAAGUGAAGAGGAGAAACCUGUUGAGGAAGUCAAGCCAACGGAAGGUCCAAGUGAAGAGGAAAAGCCUGCUGAGGAAGAAAAGCCAACCGAAGGGCCUAGCGAAGAGGAGAAACCUGUAGAGGAAGAGAAGCCAACGGAAGGACCUGUCGAGGAAGAAAAGCCAACGGAAGGACCUGUUGAGGAGGAAAAGCCUGUUGAGGAAGAGAAACCAACCGAAGAACCUACCGAGGAAGAGAAACCUGUUGGAGAAGAAAAGCCAGCAGAAGAAGAGAAACCAACAGAAGCACCAACAGAAGAGGAGAAACCAACAGAAGGAGUCAUUGAAGAAGAGAAGCCUGUUACGAAGGAAGGACCAACUGAAGCGCCUGCAGAAGCAGAGAAACCAACCGAAGGACCUGUCGAAGAAGAAAAGCCUACGGAAGAACAGAAACCAACCGAAGCGCCUGUAGAAGCGGAGAAACCAACCGAAGGAUCUGUAGAAGAAGAAAAGCCUACCGAAGAGCAGAAACCAACCGAAGCGCCUACAGAGGAAAAGAAAACAACAGAAGCUGAAGGAGAGAAGCCUCUUGAAAAGGAAGAACCGACUGAAAGGCCUGCAGACGAGGAGAAACCAACCGAAGAAUCCGUUGAAGAACAGAAGCCUACCGAGGAAGAGAUAACCGAAAAACCUGUUGAAGAAGAGAAACCGUCUAUCAAGGGUGAGAAACCUACCGAGGGUAAGAUUCCAACUGAGGCACCUGUCGAAGGGGAGAAACCCACCGAGGAAGAAAAACCGUCUGAAGUGUCAAGUGAAAGACCUGCUGAAGAGGAGCCAACCAAAGGACCUGUGGAAGGAGAAGAGCCGAGCGAAGUCACGCCUAUCGCACCAAGCGAAGCACCAGUUUCGGAAGAAGUUUCCACGGCAGGUCCAGAGGUCGAAGGAAAACCGACGGAAGGUGCCGAACAAGCCUCUACAGAAGUUCCUAGCUUAGCUGAGAGUCCUACCACGAUUGGAGCUAAAGGAGAACCUGAAGUAACACCUGAAAUUUCGAAAGAAACUCCAUCGGAAGAAAUUCCAUCUACAGAAGAAGCUCAAACAGAGGCUGCUGUACCACCAGAACAACAACCCGAAGUUCCUGCCUCCCCUGAAGAAAUAACGACUGAGCCUUCUAAACUAGCUCCUGAGCAACCUGUUGAAGAGGAAUUGCCAGAAGGCACUCAGAAGCCAGAGGUAUCUGAAGCAUCAACGGAAGCAAUUUCAACCGAAGUAACGAGCGAACAAGGUAAACCUCUGGAGGAAGGUGUCAGUACAGAGACCCCUGAAGUAUCUCCCACCGAAGCUGGAGCCCCUGAAGCGUCCACAGCGCCUUCCGCAGAAACGACACAGCCAGAAGAGGGACAGAAGGUUACUCUUCCCGAAGAAGCCCAAACUGAGGUCACCCCAUCGAAAGAAGCACCUACAACGGAAGCUCCUCUUGCGAAAGAAACGGAAGCUCCAGCUGCACCAGAGGAAGUAUCGACUGCAGAACCAGCCAAGCCUGAAGAGGUUCCAGAAACCACGCCGCAUGCAGAAGUACCACCAAAGCCAACAACCGAACAAGCUUCCGAGGAACCUUCGACGCUUGGACAAACUCCAGAAGAGGAAACAACGUCGGAGUAUCCAGUUCGAGCGCCACCAUCGAUCCCUGGAGAAGGCAACUGCCUCGUCGAAGGACAGUCCUACAACAACAACUCAGCUGUUCCUCCCGCCAAUCCCUGUCAACUUCAGUGCCGUUGCGUCAGCAGUAUUAUCCAGUGCGAUCUUGUUCAGUGUCCACCUCCACCGAGCCACCUGUCGAACUGCAUGCCUAUUCACACAGCCAAGGAUUCCUGCUGUCCGAUGUACACUUGCGACUCCACGCCUACGGCGGUAUUGGAAUCCGAUAAUCACAUGAUCGAACAGGAAGCAGGACAGAAGACUGAACCACCUACCGAGGCUCCAACUCAAGAAACCACGAAGGAACCAGUUGUCAAGGGCUACGAAACAACUGUUGCGCCUGAAGCACCAACCACGUUGAAGUCUGUCGAACCUGAGCAACCGACUACAGCUGCAGAGCCUGACAAGGUACCCGAGGAACAAACCAUCAGUUCAGUGCCAGAGGCAGAGUCUUCUAGUCAAAUUCCUUCGGAGGAACCGAAAGAAACACCGGAAGUACCAAGCACGGAGAAGCCUGUGAAGGAAGAGGAGCCAUCUGCCAAGGUGCCAUCUACCGAACAGCCAACCGAAGGACAGGCUGCUGAGGAACAACCUUCGAGUCCUAGCAUUGGCGAAGAGCAAGCAGUUCCGACGACACAAGCAGGCGAGGUUGAAGAGACUUCUGCUGGAAUUGGCAAAGAAACAGCUGCACCCACUACUGCGAAACCCAUGGGAGAAGAGCCAUCCGAAGAGGAACAGAAGCCUGCAGAGGGUGAGCCAGAGGCGACUGUUGCCCCUAUGGUUCCCGAGGAAGGAGUGAGCAAGGAACCUGAAGUCCCAAGCUCGUCUAUAACACCAGAGCUUGCAGUUUCAGAAGGUCUGCCAUCGGUUACCGAGACCCAGAAACCAUCGGAGGAAGGAACCACUGUCGCCGUGGAAGAACAACCUGAGGAACCCGCUCAGCCUGAACAAUCGACACCCGAAGGCGAAACUGUCCAACCAAGCGAAGCAGAAACCGAAAGACCAUCUGCAGAAACGCCUGCUCCAGGCGGUGUCAAAGCUGGCGAAGAACCCGAAGUCACCCCAGCGGAAGAAGAAUCUGUUCAACCUACGGAAGCUGGAGCACCAGCAACGGCAGAAAUGGGAGUCUCCACGGGAGCUCCAGUAUCAGAAGAAGCAACCGUUCCCGGCGUGACUAAGGAGGAAACUGCUACUGAACCAGCUGUAGAAGAAGGCUUGCAAACCACCAAGAAACCACUUACUCCUGAAGAGGGACAGACAGUACCUGUCGAAGCUGAACCUUCGACAGCUGCACCUGCAGUUGAAGAACAGACCAAAGAAACGCCUGAAGCUGAAGUGAAGCCAACUACGGAAGGCGUCGAAGAAUUGUCCACGCAACAACCUGAGAAACUCCCGGAGGAACAGUUGCCAAGCUCAACCGAGGCACCUGAAAUCGUCACCGAAGGACCAGCACCUUCUCUCCCCAAACAAACUACAGAAAAGGAGGAAGUUAGCGAGGAACCAGCAGUCGAACCGAAACCUGAGGAAGGUGGUGUGCAGCCUGGACAAGAGGAAUCUGGGAAGACUCCAUCGCCGGAAGGUCAAACUCCCGAAUCUGUUUCGCCUGCCGAAGAAGAAGCUACACCAUCCGUAAUGCCUCAAGAAGAAAUCACGGCAACACCUGAAGCGGCCAGCGAGAAACCUGUUUCAGAAUCGAUUCUGCCUCAGGAGGAAGUUGAACAACCCGCGACUGAAAAAGAAACAAUGAUUCCUGGCACCGAAGAAGCUGUUACCGUUGGCGUCAAGGAACAAUCGGCUCAGCCGGAGGAGCAACCGACGACCGUAGCAUCCACUGCUCCAGUUGAAGGCGAAGUGUCUGAAACUCCGAAACCAAUGCUUCCAGAACAGAUGCCAGAAGAACAGGGACAAAUGACAGAGGCACCAGGCAUUUCCUUGAAGGAGGGAGCAGAAGAGCCACUGGUACCAAGCGAAGGAGAAACCACCGUGCCAGUUGUUCCCGUUGAAGAACAGAAACCAGAAGAAGGAACUCAGAAACCGAGCGUAGAAGAGGGUGUAACAUCUACGGAACCAAGCAAGAUUGUUACCGAAGGUGAAGUUACUGCCACGGGUGAAGAGCAAGCUAGCGAAGCACCAAGUUCGCCAGCCGUUGAAGAAGGAUCAACGCCACUGCCUGAAAGUGCCUCGAUCGUACCUGAGCAAGGAAUGGAGGAACAGAAGCCUGUUGAAGGUGAAGGUGUAACCGAAGAGAAAGUGCCAACUACGAGCGAAGUUAGUCCAACGCGUGAGGAAGAGCCAUCUAUGAUGGGCGAGAAGCCUUCGGAGGAGGGCGUAUUUGAAGCAGGUCAACAAACUGAAGCACCAUCUCUUGAUAAAGGAACAGGAGCACCACAAGAGGAGGGACAAGUCGAAGGCGAAACAACUCCAGCGGUAGAGAUCAAGGGAACGACCGAACCCACACCUACAACUAGCGCCGCACCUACCGAAGUCAGCUCAACCGAAAUGCCUGAAAAGGCACUUCCCAGCGAGGCACCAGGUCAAGAGCUCCCCGAAGUAUCGGAAACACUCCCGACAGAGGCACCUGUAGAAGCUACCGAAGUUCCUGAGAAGAUAGCUCCCGUCACGGGUGCUCCAGAAGAACUUCCUGCCGAAGUUCCGAAGGAAGAGGCUCCGACUGAAACUCCUGAAAAAGAACUGUCCACUGAAGUUCCUGAGAAAGUGACGCCCGCUGAAGAGGUUCCUGAAAAAGAACUGUCCACUGAAGUUCCUGAGAAAGUGACUCCUGCCGAACAAGUUCUAGAAGCACCUAGUACAGAGCUUCCUAGUGAAAUUCCAGAGAAGAUCCCUGGCGAAGAGCCCGAGAAGGUUCUCCCCGAAGAAGAGAAGCCUACCGAAGUACCUGAGAAAGUUCUUCCUGGUGAGGAGACGCCUGCUGUGACGGAGAAGGUUCUUCCUGGAGAAGAGACGCCUGCUGUAACGGAGAAGGUUCUUCCUGAAGAAGAGACGCCUGCUGUAACGGAAAAGGUUCUUCCUGGAGAAGAAACUCCUGCUGCAACAGAAAAGGUUCGUCCCGAAGAAGAGAAGCCUGUCGAAGUUACAGAGGAGAUUCUUCCCGAAGAAGAGAGGCCUGCCGAGGUAACGGAGGGUCUUCCCGAAGCAGAGAAGCCUGCAGAAGGUGAGCAACAAACGCCACAAUCCGAAGGAGAGGUAGAGCUGCAAACUACGGAAAGCAUACUCGUCAAGGAACAGUUACCUAAAGAAGGUGCACCAAGCACACCUCCUCAAGCUGAAGAAACAUCGACUGAGGCUCCAAUGAUUAGCGAAGAACCAAGCACUGCGGCGCCCGAGGCCGAAGCAACCAGUCCUCGCGAAGAACAGCCUUCGCUGGUCGAAUCGACAGAGGCUCCGAUUGUCCCUGAAGAACCAGGGCUCACGGAGGCACCUCUGCCUAGCCAACCAUCGGAGGAGGCUCACUCUUCCACGGAAUCUGCGCCAGAAUCGUCGACGGAGCACGAAACAGAGAAACAACCCGAAGUCGAGACAACCCCUGAAGAAGAGCACACGGUCGAGUCGUCGACGCAACAGUCUCAAGAAAAGAGUACUCCGGAACCAGCGAUUCCUGAGCAGCCGGCCUCGAUGAAACCCGAAGAGGGUCAACAGGUGACCGAAGCCCCUGUCCAAGAAUCCGUCACGAAACUACACGAACCGCUUCCAACCGAACCAUCGCUCGCAGAGCCAUCGGAAGAAGAACAAGAAGAAGUCGGGGAAGAAGGUCUGCCACCUCACGGCGAACCCAUGUUACCAGAAUCUGUUCCAACGACAGAAAAGGCAGAAGCUGAAGUCGAGGAACCUCUCCAUCCAGUGAUCGAUACAUCCGAAUCCGUCGAACCAGCAGUUCAUCCCAUCCUUCACGAAGAACCCUCGAGUACUCUAGCUCCUCAAUUACCAGAGUACCCUGACCAAGGUGUCUCUGGCGAAGACAAUCCUCACUUCCCUCCGCAAGGAGGCAGCUAUUUGAACCCUGACGAGGACUACGACGAGGACGAUCAGGCCAUAUACGGGCCAGGCACCUGCAGAUACGGCGGCAAGGUCUACGUGUCGGCGCAACAAAUACCCAGGGACGAUCCUUGCGACUUCUGCUUCUGCUUCAGAAGCGACAUCAUCUGUCUACAACAGAGCUGCCCGCCACCGAUCCCUGGCUGUCACGAGGAGCCCAUCAGCGGUUUCUGUUGCCCCAGAUACGAGUGUCCGGUGUCAAUGGCCACGUCGCUCAACCUGACAACGACCACGACGACGACCACGACCACGUUGCCCCCGCACUUCCACGCCCACGCGUACAAGGGAGCCGCAAAGAGGAGCGGCUGCCAAAUCCGCGGCCAAGCGUACCGCGUCGGGGAGGUCAUCAGGUCGGCCUCGGGACCUUGCCUUCAGUGCACUUGCGGAGGCGACGGUAACAUGAAGUGCGAGCCGAGGGUGUGCAGCCCGGAGCCGAUGCUGAGGCAGAUGAUCGCGGCAGCCACGGCCCGAAGGAGGAGAUGAGCCGGCCAACACGAUCCCGGUGAUCCGGCGAAGAAUCGUGCACACGAGGAAUGAAGUUUAGAGGGGGAUCAGUGUUGUAUAAAAGUGAAUUUAAAAAAAAAAUAUUCUAAACUAUCUAAAUGUCGCGAAACACAGACAAUAAUGUGCUUCGACGAUCACCGAACUGAGUGGCCAAAACGUAAACGUUUAUAUUAUAAUAUUAUAUUAUGUUAUAUAAAAAAAAAAAAUUGAAGAAAGGGAGAGAGAGAGAGAGAGAGAGAGAGAGAGAGAGAGAGAGAGAGAGAGAGAGAACGAGGUGGAGAGAUAGGGGAUAAGGAUUAGAGCGAGACGAGAGACCGACAUGGAAGGUGAAACGAAAGGGACUGAAAAUGGGAUUUAGCCGCGUAAAAAGCGAGGCUCGUUUCUGGUGCCAAACGUGAACCACAGGGACGAAAGCAACCGGUGGAACUGGAUUGGUUCGGGUGGGGAAAGGGGAGGAGGGUUAGUGGAUGAUAUUUCGUGAUAGUUCCACGUCUCACGCCAUUUUUUACGUGUAAACAGUGGGUUACGGUGGAUGAGAAAGCGAGGAAAGAAAAAAAAAUUAUGAAAGAUAUGUUUGUCGAACGUACGAGACUUAUGACUGUGCCUUCGUCAGUGCUGACACCAGCGGCACUACUUUCGUUUCGUGGCAGCUGAGCGGCUCCGAUCUGAACCGCGAUCGUCGUCGUUCCCGGUUUCGCUACGGACGAGGAAUCGAUCGUCGUUUAGAACUAAAAAUAACACGGUGACGGGAAACAAACGAUAAACGCGUUUCGGCAAACGUGGCAAAAAACAAAAAACAA